AUGGAUUAUGGGUAUGUCAGCAGCCUGUCAGGUUCCUGGCUGGGCGAGCUGGAUGGAUGGAUGGAUGAAGAGAGAGAGAGUGAUUCACCGCUGGAAGGCUGCAUAUGGCUGGACCGUCACCAACAUCAUGCACAGUGUACAUACAAACAACUUGUACUUGUUGUUUCUCCAGGGAUCGGGUGGACGAGGCCAGUCAGCGUCGAUGAGACCUUGCUCCAGCGCUGUGCAGCUUGGCAGGCAACGCCGUGCAUGAAGAGCGAGGUGGAUGAGUGCGAAGUUAUCGUGGAGCAGCGAAUUCGCAAGAGCAAGACAGGCGGAGGCGAAAGCCCAUCGGCAUCAGCCGUGGCCCUGGCACAGCUGUUGGAUCGCAAUCUCGUUGUCGAUACUCCCCGUGUUUGCUCAGUGCAUGAUGUCCCGGCCUUCCCGCCGCCAAAAAAAAAGACGAGCAGCCACAACAACCGCAACGGGAUAAUGGACGUUGAAGAAUAA